UGGACUCAGUGAGGCCGGAGACCUGAGAGGGGACGUACGUACAUAGUUUCGCUCCGGCCUUUGCGACCUUGUUCUAUUUAAAUGCAAGUGCAGUGUGACAGCGCAAAUUAAGAGUAUGUGAAUAAUUUUUCCGAUGCCACUCUCUUCAUCCUACCUCAUUUCAUCAAAGCAACGAGUGCUCUAUUUCAUUACGAGUAAUUAAAGUUAUUAUAAACACAGAGAAAAGCUGGAUGGGUUCAAGGUUCGGGAACAGUGUUCUGUCAGAUUAAACUAGUCAUAAUAUUGCACGUACAUUUUAUUAAAGAGGUCAAUUGCGCCACAAUGGUCAGCUGUACGUGGAUGUGUGCAGACUGACAGUGUUGUCCACAACCACGCAGUAUAAUACUUAAUUAACUGACUGCUUACCUCAGUGUGACAACCACACCAAAAUGGACAAAAUGGAUCUUCUCUGUUGUGAAAAUGCAUCUGUGGAACUCGAUAUGAAGUGCAAAGCUUACUUAGACCCAGUGUUACUUAAAGACGACAGAGUCUUAUUAAAUCUAUUGAACUUAGAGGAAAAAUACAUGCCAAAUUCGAGAUAUUUUUCGUGCGUGCAAACAGACGUUGAACCACACAUGAGAGAAAUGGUGGCCCACUGGAUGCUUCAGCUGUGUCAGGAGGAGCGGCAGGAGGAGGAGGUGUUCACGCUGGCCAUGAACAUGAUGGACCGGUUCCUGUCGCUGGUGAAGGUGCGGCGCGACCAGCUCCAGCUCCUGGGCACCGUCUGCCUCUUCCUCUCCUCCAAGAUCAAGGAGUCACCGCCGCUAGAUCCCACCCUGCUCGUCCAGUAUACAGACAACUCGGUCACCCUAGAAGAGAUCCGGAAGUGGGAGCUGUUGGUGCUGUCACGAUUAAAGUGGGACCUGGCAGCGAUCACCCCACACGCCUUCCUCGACCAGAUCAUCGCUCGACUACACCUCAGUUUCCCAGAGCCUGAAAUGCGAUUGGUUCGGGAGCACGCUACGUUUUUUAUCACCGUCUGCGCUACAGACGUGCGGUUCACAUCCAACCCUCCAUCAAUGGUAGCAGCGGCAGCUGUAGCGUCAGCUAUCCAGGGCAUCCUUCCAAGACACCAGAGUGACGGAGGAGAUGUCAGCAGCGCGGCGGCGGCGGCGGCGGCAGCGUCAGCGCCCAUCUCAGUAACUGCCAGAGGUGGACUGACAGCGGCACAGCAGUAUAUGCAGGAAGUCUAUCACAGACUCCACGCUAUCACGCAGAUCGACACUGACUGUCUAAAAGAGUGCCACCGUCAGAUCGAAAUCUGGACGCAGAACAACGGGGAGAGUCCUUCUACAUCUACGUCUACCACCCCGACAGACAUGCGGGAAGUUAUGUUCUGACAGAAGUACCGACCCGCCAACCUCCCUGUUAACCCUCGCCGCCUCCCUGCACCCCACGUUGGGGGCAGUGACUCCCUACUGGGGUCUCCUGGGGUCAGCCCCAACACUGCCACAUCCUGCAGUCGGUGACUAGGGGUUUGUGAAGCCCUCCUGGUUCCGACACCACCGGCAUGGUUGUUGCUGCCCUGCCGGUGUUGGCGUGGGGUCUGCCGUCCCCACAUCCCUCAAUGGACGGCUGUCCCCACCGCGCCUACCGUGUGCACAAGCUAGUCGGGUCGCUAAUUUAUAUCGGAUAUAAAUUGACAUUAGCUACUGCUAUUGCUACUGCUGUUACGGGCAUAUAUUUGCCCAAUAUGAGCGCUCCUUUCCCACUGUACGUCCCGCGGACACUUGCCACCCACUACUGUCACCACACAGCUUAUUUUUUCCUUAUGCUGCAUUUUCUCCUUUGUAGGGUUUGAUUGGUCUGUAUUAAAUUACUGAGGCUCAUCAGUAGUUUAAACUUCCCUUUCACAUACCUCGGACAUUGACUGAAACAUCCAGUAGCAUCUUGCAACUGUUUUGUCCUUUUUGGAGCCCGACAGUAAAAGGAAUUUCCAUAGUGUCAGGUGUAUUUAGUGAUGCCUGUCUCCUAGAGUAAGCAUUCACUCUUGGCACCUCCUGCAUGGGCUGGUACAUAUGAUGAUGUUCGCGGGCUUCCUGUAGAUGGGACCAAGAAGCCUUCUGCUGUGGGACAUUUUCCAUGAGCUGGAGUAUCUCUUCGGAGAUGGAUGUCUGCAUCGGCAGACGAUCCAGCAGUUACCUGCCGGACCAUGGAAACGGAAGCUAUAACACAACUUGUAUAGCCUCUUGCGCCCUAUGCAGGAUAGGCACCAAAACUGUGAUUCAUUUUCUACUAAUACGAACAUUAUAAAAUGCAAAAAAUAUGUACAUGAACUGUAAGACUACUUUCUAAGAUAAAUUUGGAUGUGAUAUAACAUUAGAGUCGACACUUACGAUUAAGGUCAGAUGACAAGAGUAGGGUAAGCGUGAGAGAUCCAAGAGCACAAUGAUUGGGCAUUAUUUGGUCCAUUUAUUGAACCAUGCAUGAAACAUAAUAGUGUUAUGGUCAUUAUUUUGUUUCGUUAAACGUUGGCCCCUUUUGCUACCAUGUGUAAGACAUUACAUUUCUUUCAUUUGGUAAAAUAAAGGUUCUGUAAUCAAGCAGGGACAAAGGUUUACAAGUGGUCAAUAAGACUGUCAUUGUGUUCCAUUUAGUGUGCCCAUGUUAGAAAUUGCCUGUGUGUGUUCUUAAUCAGUGUCAAACUGUUAACAUGAACAUUUAUGCUUAAAGUGCAUUUCUUUACCAAGCUUUCUGAUAAAUAUUAUACCUUCUAAUGUUGUCCAAGCCUAGAUGUUUUAUUACUCGCAUCACUUUUCAACUUCAUUAUCAAGAAAAUGUUAAUCUUUUUUUUUUUUCACUCCCUCACAUACGACAUAUGCUAUUAUAUACAUUUUCUCACAUCAGUAAACACAACGUUGCCCAGGUAUUCCCAUACCUUAUCUUCCUUUCAUAACACAGGAUUUUUUCUUUUUUUUUUUUUUUUCCUCCAUUACUAGAUCAAGGAUGUUUAUUUGUUAUUUCUGCAUCUUAGCUUUACUAUUUAUUUUUAUCUCCAAUUUUAGUUUUUUUAACCUUUUUGUUUCUAUUUUUUAUUUUCACUAGUCCUCCUUAAUUAUUUAAACAAAUCUAGUGCGUCUUAAAGUAUUCUGUAUUCUGAUCAAACCUGCACCGCAAGUUUUUUAUGUAGGCAAGAUGUGCUUAGCUCCCUUUUUUUUUUUUUUAUAAUGACUUAUUUAAACUUAUUUAAUGCAUGUUUGCUUUUCGUCUUGGGAUUAUUAUGAAAAAUUUUAAACUGGCUUGAUAAUGCUUGUAAGAUGUGUUUCCACAGCAGUAGAACAUGACUCGGUUAAUCUUUAUCUCUUAUUUGUUUUUUAUUCAUGAGUAAACAUUCUGUGCUUUGGGUAUGAUAUUCCUGCAAAUAACAGAGGCAGAGAACAAGAGCUUGUUUUGAGUAAAGCUUUGAAAUAGUGUCUGUGUGUAUGUAUACACACACACACACACACACACGUUAUAUAUAUCAAUACAAUCACAGACAGGCAGAUCUUAGCAAUGCAAGACAAACCAUGGAAGGCUGGAAAUCUUCAGCUCAAGAUCUUUCACACAUUUCCAUGCAUCACCAGGAGCUAUGCAGUGUUCUAAGAGCAGUAACAGGUAGUUUGGGAGAACGUUUUCUCAGAGGAAAGGUAGCAUAUUGAUGCCAGGCUAUUCCACCUCAGAAAAGUGGAAUAGGCUGGCAUGAACACACUACCUUUCCUCAGAAAUUUUUUUCCCUCAGUUCACCUGUUUGCUGCUCUUGCAACCUGCAUAGCUCCUGAUCAUGCACGAAAAUGU